CUUCCAUCCGUUCAGUGCAGAAUUGACCCGUCACACAAUUCUCGUCUCGAACGGCGCGUACGCUUCAUCUCCUACCAUUCCUCCUCCCUGCCUAUUUCUUCUCUUCGACGAGCUCGACUUGCUGAGGGAGUGUGCGCUGCUACUGCUGCUACUCGUCGCCACUCAAUGCAUGCGCUGUGAAUCUUCCGAUGCGUGCCUUCGCGCCCAAGAGCCUGGUGCGUGCCACUCCACUGCUGCCAGAGCGUCGUGUCCUUGCGCGCGCGCCGUCCUGGCCAGAGAGCAGCCCCGGCCUGCGAAGACGACUGCUAGUCAAGGUGGGCACCAACAAAGAGCCGGGCUUGAAGGAUGCGUGGUUCAGUCGUACCGGCCCACUUGGGUCGCCGCCCGGUGAGGAAGGACAGGAUAACUGCUUAGACUACAAGAAAAACGAUGAGCGGACUGUGAAGCUGGGCAAAACCAUACGCAUCCUACAGGAACGCCUGCCAUCGCUGCUAAUCACGCCCUUGCCACAGGAGAUUCUGUCACCACAGAUUACGCUCCGACUCUUCCCCUCGACGCAUCCACACCUACCGACCGUGACGGGCAAGAUCGCAUACACGGCCGCGCUGUGGACUUCGCCCGUGGCAUGGGGCCGCGUGCCUGUGCUAGGUAAUGUGAAGCUUAUCAUCCUCUCGGAGCGCAUGGUGAAGACGGGUUGCGGCCCUACCGCGACAGCGGGACAGGAGAAGCUCAUCGUGCGCUGGAAGACAUGUCCGAAGGGCAAGGCCAACGGCGUUGUAUCCAGCAUUGACAAGAUUGCCGAGUGGGUUGGAGGGGACGACGGCCGCGCUGUGGACAAGGACAAAGAGUUUCACGGUAUUUUCAUGUUCGAGUUUGACGAGGAAGGCCGCAUCCUCACGCACGUCAUUGAACAUGCUGAAGAGGGCGGUCUGUGGGAUCGCACGACAAAGGUUAUCUCGGUGACGGAUUGGUUGCUGGGCCGGGCUUGGGGAAAGAAGGAGGAAGAACAGCCUGGCCUUGCGUUAGGAUGUCUAGAGGGAGGCACGCGUAGGGACAGGCGGUGAUGUUUGAAUGUGUACGAUAGGUGUGAUGAUGGUCCAACCCUGCCUUACGGGUAGAGGACGUGCUUGUGUUUCUGCAUUCUCGUGUGUUCUCAAAUUGCAAAGGGAUGAUGCAUGGCGUUCUAGCGAAGUGCUUCUUGGAGUUGGUAGGUCGCGCUACGCUUUCUUCUCUUGCUCCUGGGACGGAUGGGGCGGGAAAGUGCAGCUUUGGCAUCUCUUGUGGUAACCUCUCGCCUCCAAAUGUGCGAUUUUGAGAGAAGAAGAAAUAAUGGAAUCACAAACAUCUUCGCUCAUCGAGUUUUGACUUUGGGACAGUACAUACAACCGGAACAUUUGCUACUCUCAUUGAGA